AUGUGUGUCAGUAAUACUCUGGACAGGAUUUGCAACGUCCCUCUUGCAGACUAUGUCGCCAAAAAGUCUCUUCUCAAACCGGGCCGGUAUCCGCAGGUUGUUUUUUGCGAUACAAUCCUCGGCAAGGUCAUCAACGCCCUACUUUGCCAGGCCUCUCUUUCCAGCGCCAGCACACACAGCCGAGACAUUACAAGCCUGGCAAAAGUCAUCACUGGUAGCCAGCAAGAAUUCUGGGGCCUGGCGCAAGACUGCAACCUCAAGCACGCAGGCGCUGGCAAGGACUACAUGGAUAUCAUGACUACUACCUUCAAGAAGUUGGUCAAGUACCAGUGUCGACUGGCGGGGGACCACGGGCUGCUGGUUUGGGAUGAAGGCAGUCGUAGAUGGACUGAGAACAAGAUGCUGCAUUUCGACAGUGAUGAGCAUGUUGGCCGAUGGUUGGCGCACAGGCAAAAGCAGAAGGAAAGGGAGGCGUCCUCGAUUUUGACGCAGGGCCUCCAAGACUCAAGAUGGGCCAGGUCCUCUCUGGCGAGCAAAACACCUCCUCGCUUUACGACAGGCGGUGUCCCAAGACGCGAUGUAACAGAACGUACGCCUACGCCAGCCCAGGACAAUCCAAGUGCAGGACAUCAAAAUGAGCGGGUGCACGACUGGGUCAGAUUGUUACCCCAAGACGACAACGUGCAGAAGCUGGAGAGGAUGGCGCUGGAGUACCAGGACCGCAUGGAGGACAUGCUGGCCUUUAACAAGAAGCAGGCGGAGAUCUGGUCGCGGAUUUAA